AUGUGCCAACUCCACAGCCAGGGGCUUCCAGUUCCGGAAGUGCUCUACCGAGAUGGAUGCUCCACCUACACGUUGCCCUCACCGGUGCCUGCCUUGGUGCGCAUCUUGACCUAUCUGGAAGGUGAUUUGAUCAAGAACGAGGCGCCCAAGAGCCCCGCGCUGCUGCGGAGGAUCGGCGCGCUCUGCGGCUCGGUGGCCGUGGCCUUGGAGAGCUUCGAUGCCAAAGGCGUCGGCGCCGGGGAUGGACUUUCCGACGGAUCCCUCACCGGUUGA